GAAACGUUGGGCAUAGUAAGUUGUUGAUAUAAAACAAAUAAAACACAUAAGAAAAUUCGUAGAGGAAAAUGAUAACUCCAUUUGUGUGAAAAGGCGAUUUCAUGCGGAUCCUCCGUCUUCGUCUUAAGCAUUAAUCUCAUCUUAACUUGACUUUCAUUACCUAACAUGACACAGCAAAAGCAGAAAAACAACUACAGACUGCAUAAGAGCACUAAACACACUCAAUUAACAGAAACGAGGAAGGAUUUAAUUAGGAUCCGUGCUAAAUUGUGUAAUUAGUCUGCUAAAGACGGCAAAUACAUGAUUAAAUACACCAGCUCCGCUCUUUAUAUAUAAGGCGUUCAGAAAAAUGCCCAGCAGAACUAGCAUUUACCAACAACUGAUCUGACUUGUCCAAAAAAGUUCAAAAAACAAAAACGCAAUGCGUGAAGUCUUCUGUUCCGCCGUCAUGGCAUUAUAUUUGAUCGGAUUUGUGACCGGACAGAAGACGUGUACCGAAGGUAUGGAUGAAGAGACUGUAGAACUAGCCAAAAUGUUAAGAGACAACUGCGGAGAAGAAAGCGAAGUGGACAUGGGAUUGAUCGCGAAAGUAAAUGAUGGAGCCGACUUGAUGCCGGACCCAAAGUUGAAAUGCUAUAUGAAAUGCGUGAUGGAGACCGCAGGGAUGUUGGACAACGGGGAUGUGGAUAUAGAAGCGACGCUCGAGCUGCUGCCGGAGGCCGUCAGGAGUAGGCACGAGCCUAUUGUGCGCACCUGCGGCUCCAAGAGAGGCGCCGACGACUGCGAGACAGCCUUCAACACGCAGGCGUGCUGGCAGCAAAUGAACAAGGCAGAGUACUGCUUAAUUUAGGCUUGUAAGUCAAUUCACAUAUGCCACAAAGUGAUGUAUUUUUUAAUUUAAAUAAUUAGUCAUUAUUCACAUAAAAAUAUUGAAUUUGGAUUUUCACAAAUGGUUAACCACAUAAAGGUUCCAUCAGUGGGUGGCUUAAGACUUCAAAGUAUUUGAUCCAAAUAUGAAAUUGAAGAGAUAAACCCAGACAGCUAGGCUUCUCUUUAAAAUAUACGGCUGCAACUUAUAUUUUAGACCCAA